UAAGUGUUAUUUCAUGUGUUAUUAUCGGUAGAAGAUUAGAUAAUAUAAAAACCAAUAAUGAUUGUAUCAAAAGGCAGCGAUCGUUAAUUAAGUAGUCGAGUUUAACCUUUUAUAUGAGCCGGUGAAAUUAAUAUUUAAGAGAUAGGUGUAUACUUACGACAAAAAAAAGUGAUCGAAGCUCCCCACAAGUUUGGUCAAGAUUCCGAUAAAAUGAGUACAAAUUCCAGAUUGUUGCUUUAUAAAAAAAUCUCCAGAGUCUCCCAAAAUGGAAAAAAAUUCAAGCCAAGCGCAGCAGCCACACGAUUGCACUUAAAGCUUGAUAAAAACAGCAGAGAGUUUUUCUUUACUCUGCCUUUGAGAUCCAAACAGUACGACGUCAGAGACGAAGUUUUGAAUUUGUCAAAAAAUGACUCGGAUCAGUUUUUAGAAAAUGUUGAAGUGAAUGAAAAAAAUCAAAAAGAAAUACAUUUUAAAUUACACAAGGAGAAUUAUGUUAAAGGACUGCUGGAAUCCACAAGUCACGGUAUAACUCCUCCAGAGUUCAUGUGGGAAACGCCAAACCGAGUUUUGGUUGAAUUCAGUUCGCCAAACAUUGCUAAACCGUUUCACGUUGGUCACCUACGUUCUACCAUGAUCGGCAAUUACAUUGCCAAUGUAAAUAAUUAUUUUAAAAAUGAUGUAAAAAGAAUUAAUUAUCUGGGUGAUUGGGGUACACAGUUUGGCUUUGUGCAGUUGGGAUUGUCUCUGGCCAACGUAACUGAUGAAGCUCUAAAAAACGAUCCCAUGAGAGCAUUGUACAACGCUUAUGUUCACGCAAAUAAACUGGCAGAGAAUGACUCGACAAUUGCAGAUCAAGCGAGAGAAAUUUUUCAAAAAUUAGAGACGGGAGAUGAAAGCAAUUUCUCCGAGUGGAAGUCUUUUAGGAAAUACACCAUAGAAGAGUUGGAAAGGACAUACAAUAGGAUAGGUGUUAAAUUUGAUAUUUACGAAUGGGAGUCUAUGUAUAACAUAAAAAAAGUAAACAGUAUACUGUCUGACAUGGAAAAAAUGAAGCUUCUUACAAUGGACAGUGAAAACAGGAAAGUUGUACAGUUAAAUGAAAAAAAAAGUAUUCCUAUCAUCAAAAGUGAUGGUUCGUCAUUGUACAUCACGAGAGAUGUAGCUGCAGCAAUUCAAAGAUUUGAGAAACAUAAUUUUGAUAAAAUGUAUUAUGUGGUGGACAAUGCUCAAACUAGUCAUUUUAUGAACUUGUUUAGUGUGUUGAAUGCUAUGAAACUACCAUGGGCAGAUAGGCUAGUGCACGUAAAAUUUGGAAAAAUUAAGGGUAUGAGCACUAGAAAAGGGACAGCUAUAUUUUUACAAGAUAUACUAGAUGAAACGAAAAAUGUUAUGAAAGAAAAACAGCUUGAAAGUCCAACCACUAAAGUUAACUUGGAUUAUGACCAUCCAAGCACGGAAAUUUUAGGAAUCUCAGCAGUUGUAGUAAAUGACUUGAGGCACAAGAGGCAUCAGGAUUACGACUUUGAUUGGGACAAGGCUUUAGACGUCAAAGGUGAUACCGGAGUCAGUAUGCAGUAUGCUCAUUGCAGACUUGUCAGUUUAGAAAAAAAUUCAGGUGCUACAAUAGCUUCCGAAUGCAUUCCGUCACUGCUUCAGGAGCCAGUAGCCGAGGAUUUAAUUUUUUGCAUCGGUAGAUUUGACGAAGUUUUACUUAAAUCCUACCAAGAGCUGGAACCUUACAUACUUGUUCAUUAUUUAUUUACUUUGAGCCACGCGAUUGGUAAGGCCUUACAAGUUCUCAAGAUAAAGGGAGAAGAAGAGGAAUUAGCCAGACAGAGACUGCUGCUGAUGCAUUCCGCAAGAAAAGUCUUGAAUCAUGGAAUGAGAUUACUAGGACUAACGCCACUCAGUGAAAUGUAAUUUCAA